AUAACGGCACAAACUCUCGGCGAGCUGUUUACACGAUCGUGCCUUGACAACAGCCACUACGUGUAUUGUGAUGUCGAUGUACUGUGCGAUAUAGCUGCAAGCCUUGCCGUCAAUAUUUAUGUCGAAACUUGAAAGAGACCUCCACUGAUCGAAGAUAGGAAAGCAGACUUUCUCCAGACAGUCAAGAACUAAUUUUUAAAUUUGGAUCAGUAAAAGAAUAAAGGGAAAAUGUACAAACUUGAUUUACCCAUAGACCACAAAGAGGCUGCUGCCAUCGAAAGGCGUCGGAAUCUUGAAUUGGAGAGACAGAGUCGCAUUUUCAACGCUAAAGUCAGGACGAUUGGCGUUGAUGUCCAGUCGUUACAGGAACAAGCACAUGAUCGACGGCUUCAGGAGCAAAGGGAACAUGAAAGAGAAGAAGCAUUUGCUGCUGACAUGAUCCGCAAUGAUAAGAUUUCUGAGCUGCUCCAAAGACGUCAGGAACAAGACAUCCGUAACCUCAACAUGGCUUUGAAUGAAUUCAGAGAUCUCCACCAACAACCUGAAGGCAGACGAGAAUGGGAUCUGUACGACCCUGAGGCCAAGAAGAAGGACAAACCAGCCAGGGUGUCUGAUGAUGAUCCUCGAUGUGGCCCGGCCAGCCUCCAGAAGUUUGACGGGGAAGACUUGGGAGGGAAGGAACGCAAGAAACUGAUGGAGGAACAGAUGAGAGAAUGGUCUACAAAACAAGCCAAGGAGAAAGCCAUGCAAAAGAAACGCCAAGAGGAAGCAGAUAGACUGUAUGAUCUGCACAGGAGAGAGAUGGACCAGAGAGCAUGUGAACUGGCAGCAGCAGAAGAAGCAUGUAGAAGGGCUAUCAAUGAAUCAACUAAAGACUAUAACAAAUCACUGGCUGAUGAACAAGCAGAGAAGGACCGUCUCAGACGUGAGCAAGAACUUGAUGACAACUUUACAGAGCUGGCCAAUCAAAUCAACAGUGAUAUGCUAACAGAAAAUCCUGAUGUAGCAAGCAGUGCGUUUGGUCCACACCGUGUUAUCCCAGAUCGCUGGAAGGGUAUGUCACCCGAGCAGCUUAGAGACAUUCGCCAUAUACAGGAACUUCAGAGACAGGAGAAACAACGCAUCAAAUCUGAUGACGCAGAGAGGGAUAGAGAAUGGGAUACACAGAGGCUUGCUGAUGCUAGGGCAGGUAUCCUCAUGGAUAGAGAGCAAGAGAGAUUAAGAAAAGAACUAGAGCGACAACAAAUUGCAGCAAACUCAAGGCUAUCUGAAGAGCAGAAGUCGCAACAAAACUACCUUGACAAAGAAGUCUACACAAACCCACCCACAGCAGCCUACUUCCAACAGUUCAACAAGACAAGUCGAUAAAGCUCCAAUGUUACGAUGAGUGAAAUACACAUACUCGUGGCUGCUGCCUCAGAAUAUAGAAUUUAUUUUCUUGACAUUCCUUCUUCAGCUCAAAGGGGGUUUCCUGGUCAAGAGAUAUUUUCAAACAAGGCUUUCACUUAGGAAGUGUUUGUGGACAUUUAGCAUUACUCUCGUUACAUUAUUGUUUUCAUGUUUGAACAUUAUUCAGCAACUGUUCCUUCUUACCCAACACAAAAACUUCACAAGCAUCAUAGAAAAGAUUUUGUAAGUGAAAUGAAGCCUUAAUUUUUCCUUGUUUAUCUUCUAUGAUAAGUGUGAACUUUUAAACAAAGAAAGAUUUGAUGCUUGUUCUAGGGCAAAAUAAAGUAUUCUUUACAUGUGUGAGAUGACAGUCAUAAUUUUAUGAAGCAAAGAGUGUGUUAUGUUGUGUAUUCCCUUUCUGUACUGGGAGAUGAUUCAUUAACAGCUGAAAUCACUACAAAGUUUCAAAAAGUAUAUUCAUGUUUAAUAUCAUUGAAUGCUGGCAUUCAGCUCGCCUUGAAUACAAGAGUGGUUUGGAUCUCUUCUAAAAUCAGUUCAGUCAAAAAUACUUGCUAUGUUCCGAUCAUGUUGUUCCUAUUAAAUGUGCACGCACGGCUGCGUCUAUGUUAGAGUGUUCAAAGUCUAACACUUAUGAGCACUAAAUUCAUACAAUUUUAUCACAGCAGACCAGGAAUAGUACUAAGACAAGAUCGUCUGGCAUGAAAUUUGCUCUUAUGAAGGAUGAUGAAUAUUAAUACCAGAUAAUGAAUCCUCUUCCAGUCCCCAUGUUACAUUAUUUACCAUGUCAGCCCAUCCUUACUAUUACAACAGCAUUAGAAUUAAUGGAAACCUGGUUUAUGAUUGAUAGUGGACCAAAUAUGGUUGUUCCCAGUGUAAUUACUAUGAGAUUAUAUUAACUUCUUAUGGCAAGGGGACUGGAUUGACUUUGUUGAUUUAAAUCUUAAAACUACACCUUGAAGUAAUAUAGAAAUGGUUUUAUGUGUUUUAGUAUGGUUUGAAUUAAGACUUACAGCUUUAAACAUUAAUUUGGAUGCCCAAAAUAGAGAAGUCAUUUAAAGUCACAAUAAAUAUUGUUUUACUCAGCCAAA